AUUCCCCUUCUAGUGACUGAGCCGACUGCAUUUGGGCGAGUGGCUUUUUACUUCCCUCGCGUCUUUGUCUCCUCCUCCUGCAAGGCUCCGAGCCCGGCGCAGGGUCUGCAGCGGCCGCAGCAGCAGCGACAGCCAAGUCGUGCCCCAAACGGCCGCCCGGGGCCGCACCCUCGCUUGGUGGCGGCGCCUAAAGACGCCAGCCGCGCCACGCACUGCCUGCGUCCCGCGCCCCAGUCACCGCGCAUCCACUCCGCCGCCGCGGUCGCUGGAGAGCUGAGCCUGGCCGGCCGGCCGGGUCAGGGGUGGGCAGUCCAGCUUGCAGCCAGUUGGAGGUGGCUGCCGCUGCAGUUCUGGCAGCUCGAACACCCCUAGGCAAACGCACCAAACGCCUCCUCCCUGCGCCACGAGGAUGGAGCAGCCAUCCCAAGCCCGGACUGGCGCAAGGUUCCCAAGCAAGGGCAGGAAUGAUGAAGAGACACCCGUGUUAGCGGCAGCAUUUUGAACCAUACAAGAAGGAAAUCAACAGUGUGGCCAGAGCUGGAACCAUUGCCACAGUUGUUGGAGUAAAUGAGGAAUGGACUUGUGAUUAUGCUGACAUUCCAGCAUGAAUCUGGUAGACCUGUGGUUAACCCGUUCCCUCUCCAUGUGUCUCCUCCUACAGAGUUUUGUUCUUAUGAUACUGUGCUUUCAUUCUGCCAGUAUGUGUCCCAAGGGCUGUCUUUGUUCUUCCUCUGGGGGCUUAAAUGUCACCUGUAGCAAUGCAAAUCUCAAGGAAAUACCUAGAGAUCUUCCUCCCGAAACAGUCUUACUGUAUCUGGACUCCAAUCAGAUCACGUCUAUCCCCAAUGAGAUUUUUAAAGACCUGCAUCAACUGAGAGUUCUCAACCUGUCCAAAAAUGGCAUCGAGUUUAUUGAUGAGCACGCCUUCAAAGGAGUAGCUGAAACCUUACAGACUCUGGACUUGUCCGACAACCGGAUUCAAAGCGUGCAUAAAAAUGCCUUCAAUAACUUGAAGGCCAGGGCCAGAAUUGCCAACAACCCCUGGCACUGUGACUGUACUCUGCAGCAGGUUCUGAGGAGCAUGGCGUCCAAUCAUGAGACAGCCCACAAUGUAAUCUGCAAGACCUCCGUGUUGGAUGAACACGCCGGAAGACCAUUCCUCAAUGCUGCCAAUGAUGCUGACCUUUGUAACCUCCCUAAAAAAACUACCGAUUAUGCCAUGCUGGUCACCAUGUUUGGCUGGUUCACCAUGGUGAUCUCAUAUGUGGUGUAUUAUGUGAGGCAAAAUCAGGAGGACGCCCGGAGACACCUUGAAUACUUGAAAUCCCUGCCAAGCAGGCAAAAGAAAGCAGAUGAACCUGAUGACAUUAGCACUGUGGUAUAAUGUCCAAACUGACUGGCACUGAGAAAGAAAGUAGUUUGAGAUUGCAGUAGAAUAAGUGGUUUAAUUCUCCCAUCCAUUGUAAACAUUUAAAACUUUGUAUUUCAGUUUCUUUUGAAUUAUGCCACUGUUGAACUUUUAACAAACACUACGACAUAACAAAUAAUUUUAGUUUAGGUGAUCGACUCCCUUAAUUGUACCCCUGGUGGUAUAUUCCUGAGUAAGCUACUAUCUGAACAUUAGUUAGACCCAUCUCACUAUUUAAUAACGAAAUUUAUUUUUUUAAUUUAAACCAAAUAAAAGCUUAACUUUGAACCAUGGAAAACAGAGUGACUUUUUGGUCAAAAAUAAAUUAAUAAAUAAAGUACAGUCAUUCUACUUGGUUUGAAGACAAAGAGACCACCCUGUGAAUCUAAAGAACCAUCACAACGAAAGAUGUGUUAUUAAGACCUACUGUACACUGGGGAGACACAGCUGAAUUAUUGACCAGCUUGAGUAUCAGAUUUUGAAAUACUAAGUUUUAGCAAACCCAGAUGAUUAUCUAAGUAUGGCAUCCUGCAGAUAUUUAAUCUGAAAUGCCUUUUGGCAUUUUAGGUAUAUUAAUACUUGCUGUGCAUCUACUCUAUACUAGACAUAAUGACCAGGAAAAAGAUAGCACAUAUUGUCCUCGAGAUUACCUUCUGAUGGACAGGAAUGUAUAGCAAACAUAGAAAUAAUAAUGCU